UCCUUUACCUUUUUAUACAGCCGCCGUGGAUUUUAUUUUGUCUCGAUCUCAUCUGUAUUGUUCUUCCAAAUGACGCGGAUGCGGAUCUCAGAGUCGUCAAGCUCCGAAACCCGUAACCUCAGCAGCUACGACGCCUCUCUCACCUCAGUUUCAUCCGGUUUCUCGACGGUUAGCGGGUCGUCGUCGUCGUCCUCCGGUUCGGGUCGGAACCCGAUACGAGCCGCCGUUCGCGCUAUCGGAUCUUGUUUCGGGUCGCCCGAUAACGAAUCUCCGAGAGGAGAUUUGAAGGAUGGGCUGAAAACGCCUCAGCGUUCCCUAUUGGCUCACACACAUGGAAGUGAAAGGAGAAAAUCAGGAAAAGGGUCAUACAUCAGCAGAAACAUUUCUUCAGAAAGAGAACCUGGAGUUAAGAGGUUCACAAUCACAGAUAUCCAAAAGGCCACAAAGAACUUUUCCCCUAGCUUAAAGAUUGGACAAGGUGGCUUUGGAACAGUUUACAAGGGAAGGCUAGACGAUGGCACAUUAGUAGCAGUUAAACGUGAUAAAAAGAAUCCUCAUGAUAAUCAUCGAAAUGCAGAGUUCAAAACCGAAAUCCAGACUAUGGCAUCCAUUGAGCAUUUGAAUUUAGUACGGUGUUUUGGAUAUCUGGAGUAUGAGGAUGAGAGGAUACUUGUGAUUGAGUAUGUUCCUAAUGGGACUCUAAGAGAGCAUCUUGACUGUUUGAAGGGAAAUACUAUAGAUCUUUCUGCACGGCUGGAUAUUGCUACUGAUAUUGCUCAUGCUGUUACUUAUCUCCAUAUGUAUGCAGAUCAUCCUAUUAUUCAUCGAGAUAUUAAGUCUUCGAACAUUCUUCUUACGGAAACUUUGCGUGCUAAGGUUGCUGAUUUUGGGUUUGCUCGGCUUGGUGCAAUUGAGGCUGAUGUUACACAUGUUUCAACCCAAGUUAAAGGGACUGCUGGUUACUUGGAUCCAGAAUAUCUUCAAACUUAUCAACUGACUGCGAAGAGUGAUGUCUAUUCUUUUGGAGUAUUGCUAGUGGAAAUGAUAUCUGGAAGGCGACCCAUUGAACCAAAAAGAGAGAUUAAAGAACGAGUUACUGUGAGAUGGGCAAUGAAGAAGUUUAUGGAUGGGAAUGCAGCUGAAGUAUUAGACCCAAAUCUUCCACAAAGCCCGGCAACUAAUCUUGCUGUGGAGAAAAUCCUUGAGCUAGCGUUGCAGUGUUUGUCUCCAACGAGACAAAAGAGGCCCAGUAUGAGGAGAUGUGCUGAAAUCUUAUGGGGUAUCCGCAAGGAUUAUAGAGAACUGUUGUCUUCAAAUAUGCUAUUACCCUCUUUAAGAGCUAACACUUCCACUGAGGAAACUUAAAAUCGAGUGGAUAUGUUAUAUUUUGCAAAUUCUUGCAUGUGCCAGUUGUAAAUGUUGGAUUUUAUUGAUGGGGGAUUUGGAUUUUGGAUGGUUACUGUACAUUUGUAUUGUAAAAAGAAGCUUUUGAGUGUAUUAUUGUAGAUAUGCACUUCAGAAGGGAGGAACGUAAUGGUUCAUUUUGUAUUUGUAAUUUGUGUAAUGUUCAUUUAUUACUGGAAAGCGCGCAAACAAAAAUUGUGUAUCA